GUUGACGGUCACGCCCAUGCUGUUCAUCGUGCAUACCAAUCGGAAGUUCAUGAGGGAGAAGCACCAGCUCAUAUCGGUUUUGGAGAACUUCACGCUCGAGGCUGCGGAAUGCCGGCUGGAGUCAGACAGGGAGUUCGUGUUGUCGGCUAUUGCUGCCUGGUAUGGAAGUGCAAAAGCUUUUGAGGACUACGUCCGCGGCACUCUGCGCAAGGAACUGCUCGGGAUGUCUGCGACUGACCUUCCGCUGAGCUAUGCUCUGAUGAUAGCUCUUGGUCCCAUGGGCGUGGCGCUGGACGUGCUGCUCUCCUUCGUUCGAGGAGGGGCGCCCCUCCCUGCCGUGGUGUCAGAGUUGGUCGGCUCGGCCAUGGGCUGGGUCCUCUUCUGGGUCCUGCUCUGCAUCAAGGUGAUGUGGUGGCUCUGCGACAGAUUCGCCGCUCCACGGUCGUCGAAGCUGUUGGACUACUUGAUGAGCCUAGCCAUUUUUCUUGUCUUCUUCAUCUUCUUUUUUGCGGGUGCGGUGAUUUCCGACCUUCUGUAUACCACAACAUUGUGGGGUGCAGUGGGUUUUGCUGGUCUCACUUUGCUGCUGGUGGUCCUUGCGUAUGGCAAGGGCUGGCCGUGUAAGCCACGGCUAUGA